AUGAAGAUCAAGGCGCUCAGCCGCCCUGUGUCGGCGCACCAGACGCCCGGGUCCGACGUGUCCAAGCAGCCGCGCAACCUCGACUCGGCCCUGCACCCCUUUGAGCGCGCCCGCGAGUACCAGCGCGCCCUCACCGCCGUCAAGCUCGAGCGCAUGCAUGCCGCGCCCUUUGUCGGCCAGCUGGGCCGCGGCCACGUCGAUGGCGUCUACUCCAUGGCAAAGGACCCCAAUUCGCUGCAGCGCCUCGCCAGCGGCAGCGGCGACGGCGUCGUCAAGGUCUGGGACUUGACGGACCGCGACGAGGUGUGGCACACGACGGCGCAUGAGAACAUCGUCAAGGCCCUCGUCUGGACGCGCGACGAGAAGCUGCUGACGUGCGCUGCCGAUCGCACCGUCAAGCUCUUUGAUCCCUACAACACCCGGAGCGAGGCGGCCCCAAUCUCCUCGUGGCUCGGGGCCGGCGCCUUCACGAGCCUGUCGCAUCACCGCUCGCGCAAUGCCUUUGCCGCCGCGUCGGGCGUCAUCUCCAUCUACGACCUCGAGCGGCAUACGGCGGCCCCCGAGACGCUGCAAUGGCCCAAGUCGACCGACACGGUUACGCACGUGGCCUUCAACCCAGUCGAGACGUCGGUCCUGGCCUCGUGCUCGACGGACCGCGCCGUCGUUAUCUACGACCUGCGCACCUCGACCCCCGUCACCAAGACGGUCCUCAAGUUCGCCACCAACCGCAUCGCCUGGUCGCCCAUGGAGGCCUUCAACAUGGCCACGGCCUCCGAGGACCACAACGUCUACCUCUUCGACAUGCGCAAGUUUGACCGCGCCCUCAACGUCCUCAAGGACCACGUCGCCGCCGUCAUGGACGUCGAGUUCUCCCCGACGGGCGAGGAGCUCGUCACCGCCUCGUGGGACCGCACCGUCCGCCUCUGGACCCGCGACGGCGGCCACUCGCGCGACAUUUACCACACCAAGCGCAUGCAGCGCGUCAUGGCCGCCGCCUGGACCCCCGAUGCAAACUACGUCCUCUCGGGCUCCGACGACGGCAACCUCCGCCUCUGGCGCGCAAACGCCUCGGAGCGCCAGGCUGUCAAGUCGGCCCGCCACCGCCAGGCCCUCGAAUACAACGCUACCCUCGUCGGCCGCUUCGCCCACAUGCCCGAGGUUCGUCGCAUCAAGCGCCACCGCCACGUUCCAAAGGUGCUCAAGAAGGCCGGCGAGAUCAAGGCCGACGAGAUCAAGAGCAUCAAGCGCCGCGAGGAGAAUGAGCGCCGGCACACCAAGCAGCAGUUUGAGAAGCGCAAGAGCGAGAGAGAAAAGAUGGUGCUGGCGCGGGAAAAGUAG